AUGAUGUUCUGCGUUACUGAACGGUACAGAAACCAAAUUGCAAGUUCGCUGUCCAGGCGCUCCGCGGCCGAGGAGAGACUUCCAGAGGCGGCGGGCCCAGUGGCCGCGGUGCGGAACCGCCACCUGCCAUGCUACUGCUAUGGGUGUCGGUGGUCGCAGCCUCGGUGCUGGCAGCGCCGACGCCGACGCCCGUGCCGACACCAGUGCCGACCCUGACCCCGACCCCGACCCCGACCCCGACCCCCAACUCAGGGAACGUGAAGCCGGGAGAAGUCAAGCAGCCUAACGUGGUGCUGGUCGUGAGCGACUCCUUCGAUGGAAGAUUAACAUAUCAUCCCGGAAGUCUGGUAGUGAAACUUCCUUUUAUCGACUACCUGAAAGCGCAAGGCACUUCCUUUCUCAAUGCCUAUACAAACUCUCCAAUCUGUUGUCCAUCACGUGCAGCAAUGUGGAGUGGUCUCUUCACUCACUUAACAGAAUCUUGGAAUAAUUUUAAAGGUCUAGAUCCAAGCUAUACAACAUGGAUGGAUGUAAUGGAGAAACAUGGUUACCAAUCACAAAAAUUUGGGAAAAUAGACUAUACUUCUGGACAUCACUCUGUUAGUAAUCGUGUAGAAGCAUGGACAAGAGAUGUUUCUUUCUUACUUAGACAAGAAGGCAGGCCAAUGGUUAAUCUUAUUCCCAAUAAGACUGAAGUAAGAGUGAUGGAAAAGGACUGGACAAAUACAGACAAAGCAAUAAAUUGGUUAAGAACAGAAGCAAAAAAUAACUCUAAACCAUUUGUUCUUUACUUGGGGUUAAAUUUACCACACCCAUACCCUUCACCAUCUUCAGGAGAAAACUAUGGAUCUUCAACAUUUCACACAUCUCUUUAUUGGCUUGACAAAGUAACUGCCCAGGCCAUCAAAAUCCCAAAGUGGUUGCCUUUUUCAGAAAUGCACCCUGUAGAUUAUUACUCUUCUUAUACAAAAAACUGCACUGGGGAGUUUACAGACAAAGAAAUCAAGAAUAUUAGAGCAUAUUAUUAUGCUAUGUGUGCUGAGACAGAUGCCAUGCUUGGUGAAGUUGUUGUGACUCUUCGCGAGCUAGAACUUCUUCAAAAUACUAUUGUCAUCUAUACUGCAGACCACGGAGAGCUGGCAAUGGAACAUCGGCAGUUUUAUAAAAUGAGCAUGUAUGAAGCCAGUGCCCAUAUUCCACUUGUGAUGAUGGGGCCAGGAAUUAAGGCCAACCACCAAGUAUCAAAUGCGGUUUCUCUUGUAGAUAUUUACCCUACUAUGCUUGGUAUUGCUGGAAUUCCUGUGCCUCGGAACCUGAGUGGAUACUCUUUGUUGCCCUUGUCAUCAGAACGACUUAAGAAUGUCGAUAAUGUGGACAAUCUACGCCCAUCCUGGAUUCUGAGUGAAUACCAUGGAUGCAAUGUGAAUGCUUCCACCUAUAUGCUUCUAACUAACCAAUGGAAGUAUAUAACCUACUCUGAUGGUGUUUCAAUAAUGCCUCAACUCUUUGAUCUUUCAACGGAUCCAGAUGAACUAAUAAAUAUUGCUACAAAAUAUCCAGACUUUACUUCUUCUUUGGAUCAGAGGCUUCGUUCCAUUAUAAACUAUCCUAAAGUUUCUGCUUCUGUCCACCAAUAUAAUAAAGAGCAGUUUAUCAUAUGGAAAGAAAGCACAGGAAAAAAUUAUUCAAAUGUUAUAGCAAACCUUAGGUGGCAUCAGGAGUGGCUGAAAGAACCAAACAAAUAUGAAAAUGCGAUCAAUCAGUGGCUUAAAACCCAUACCACUAAAAAAAAGUUUGAACAAAACUAAUAAUGUUUUAGAGCUACAUAGAAGUAUGUUAAUAUGUAUUUUAAAUGAAAGUUAUAGUAAUGGUAUACUAUUAAAGAGGAUAGAGAUCCUUGCAUCAGA